CUGAACAAUUCUUUCAGGCAUGGUUCUCUUUCCGGUGGUAAAGUGGACCUAGUCCUCAGUUGUGUAGACAAUUUUGAAGCAAGGAUUUGUGUUAACACUGCAUGCAAUGAAGAAAAUCAAGUUUGGAUGGAAUCGGGUGUGAGUGAGAAUGCUGUCUCCGGUCACAUCCAAUACAUUGAACCCGGACGUACCGCUUGCUUUGCUUGCAUACCUCCUCUCGUUGUCGCGUCAAACAUCGAUGAAAGGACACUCAAAAGGGAAGGCGUUUGCGCUGCAUCUCUACCAACCACGAUGGCUGUUGUCGCUGGUUUUUUAGUGCAGAACACCUUGAAGUAUCUCCUGAAUUUUGGUGAAGUAUCAAUGUACGUAGGCUAUAAUGCCCUCCAAGAUUUCUUCCCACGUCAAGCAAUGAUGCCAAAUGAUCAGUGUGAUGAUCGAUUUUGCAGGCAAAGGCAAAAGGAAUAUCAAGCCAGAAAAGCAGCUGAAGCGAAAACAGAGGUCAAAGUAGAAGCAGCGAAGGAAGAGGAGGUCGUACAUGAAGAUAAUAAUUGGGGAAUAGGUGAGUUUCAUCAUAUCUCGAAUUUUUUCACCCCAACAAUAGCCAAAACCUGCAAGCUUGUUGACGAGUCAAAAGCUGAAGAAUCAAAAACCACCGUUGGAAAUGGUCUGGAGUAUGCGUAUGAGCUGCCGAAAGAAGCUGAAGUGGAGGUUGAGGUCAGUUGUUUGAAUGAAAGGCUGUGAUU